CCAAUGGAGCCGGGAUUGCCGGUCCAACGGAUGGCUAUGGCGCCGCUGCUGGAGUACGAGAGACAGCUGGUGCUGGAACUACUGGACACAGAUGGACUGGUCGUGUGCGCCCGCGGCCUCGGCGCCGACCGGCUCCUCUACCAUUUCCUCCGGCUGCACUGCCACCCGGCCUGCCUGGUGCUGGUGCUCAACACGCAACCGGCCGAGGAGGAGUAUUUUAUCAAUCAACUGAAGAUAGAUGGAGUCGAACACCUCCCUCGCCGUGUGACAAAUGAAAUCCCAAGUAACAGUCGCUAUGAGGUUUACACACAAGGUGGUGUUAUAUUUGCAACAAGUCGAAUACUUGUGGUUGACUUCUUGACUGACAGAAUACCUUCAGAUUUAAUAACUGGCAUCCUGGUGUACAGAGCCCACAGAACAAUCGAGUCUUGUCAAGAAGCCUUCAUCCUACGCCUCUUCCGCCAGAAAAACAAACGUGGUUUUAUUAAAGCUUUCACAGAUAACGCUGUUGCCUUUGAUACUGGUUUUUGUCAUGUGGAAAGAGUGAUGAGAAAUCUUUUUGUGAGGAAGCUGUAUCUUUGGCCAAGGUUCCACGUAGCAGUCCACUCAUUUUUAGAACAGCACAAACCUGAAGUAGUAGAAAUUCACGUUUCCAUGACCCCUGCCAUGCUCACCAUCCAGACCUCGAUACUGGACAUUUUAAAUGCCUGCCUAAAGGAACUGAAAUGCCAUAACCCGUCCCUGGAAGUGGAAGACCUAUCUUUAGAAAACGCUAUUGGGAAACCUUUUGACAAGACAAUCCGCCAUUAUCUGGAUCCCAUGUGGCACCAGCUUGGAGCCAAGACUAAAUCCUUGGUUCAGGAUUUGAAGAUAUUACGAACUUUGCUGCAGUACCUCUCCCAGUAUGAUUGUGUCACAUUUCUGAAUCUUCUGGAAUCUCUGAGAGCAACAGAAAAGGCUUUUGGUCAGAAUUCAGGUUGGCUAUUUCUUGACUCCAGUACUUCAAUGUUUGUAAAUGCCCGAGCAAGGGUUUAUCAUAUUCCAGAUGCCAAAGUGAGCAAAAAAGGCAAAAUGUCUGAAAAAACGGAGAAUAAAGAAGGGCAAGAAACAAGAAGGGAACUGGUCCUGGAAAGCAACCCAAAGUGGGAAGCACUGACCGAAGUGCUGAGAGAGAUCGAGGCUGAGAAUAAGGAGAGCGAAGCCCUGGGAGGCCCAGGUCGGGUACUCAUCUGUGCCAGCGACGAGCGCACCUGCUCGCAGCUGAGAGACUACCUGACGGCGGGGGCCAGGGCCUUCCUGCUGCGGCUCUACAGGAAGACCUUCCCGAAGGACGGCAAGGCAGAGGAAGUGUGGGCGAAGUUCAGGAAGGAGGACGGUGCGAAGACAGCCGCGAGGUCCAGCAGGAGACCCAGAAAACCCCCAAACAAAGAGCGGGCUUCCGCCAAGGACAAGGACAGGGGUGUCAAAAGGAAGAAGCGAAGGCUAACCCUCACUCAAAUGAUGGGGAAGCCUGAGGAAGGGGAAGAGGAGGGGGACGUCGAGGACAGGCGUCGGCGAGCAAUGAGCAGCAGCCCGGAAGGCUGCGAGGAGGAAGUCAGGCUGGAGGAGCUGGACGCCACGCCGGCCCCGGACGCCGCCCUGGGGCUCCUGCAGGAGCCGCUGACCGUCCUCCACCCGCUGCUGGGCUGCGGCGACCCGUACGCGCUGAGCCGGGUGCUGCACGAGGUGGAGCCGCGGUACGUGGUGCUGUACGACGCCGAGCUGGCCUUCGUGCGCCAGCUGGAGAUCCACCGGGCGAGCAGGCCUGGCAGGCCGCUGAGGGUUUACUUUCUCAUAUAUGGAGGUUCAACAGAAGAACAACGCUAUCUCACAGCAUUGCGGAAAGAAAAGGAAGCUUUUGAGAGACUCAUCAGGGAAAAAGCUAGCAUGGUCAUCCCUGAAGAAAGAGAAGGCAGAGAUGAAACCAAUCUGGACUUGGCACGAGGCUCAGCAUUGACAAGUGCUCCCACUGACACUCGCAAAGCUGGCGGCCAGGAACAGAACAGAACACAGCAAAGCAUAGUCGUGGACAUGCGUGAAUUUCGAAGUGAGCUCCCAUCCCUGAUCCACCGCCGGGGCAUCGAUAUCGACCCUGUGACAUUAGAGGUUGGAGAUUACAUCCUGACGCCAGAAAUGUGCGUGGAGCGCAAGAGCAUCAGUGACCUGAUCGGCUCCCUGAACAACGGCCGCCUGUACAGCCAGUGUGUGUCCAUGGCUCGUUACUACAAGCGCCCCAUGCUGCUCAUUGAGUUCGAUCCCAGCAAGCCUUUCUCUCUCACGUCCCGAGGUGCCUUGUUCCAGGAGAUCUCCAGCAACGACAUCAGCUCCAAACUCACCCUCCUCACACUUCACUUCCCCAGACUCCGGCUCCUCUGGUGCCCUUCCCCGCACGCCACUGCAGAGUUGUUUGAGGAACUGAAACAAAAUAAGCCCCAACCCGACUCAGCCACAGCCAUGGCCAUUACAGCAGAUUCCGAAACCCUCCCCGAGUCAGAAAAGUACAACCCUGGUCCCCAGGACUUCUUGUUAAAAAUGCCGGGUGUCAAUGCCAAAAACUGCCGCUCCCUCAUGAACCACGUUAAGAACAUUGCAGAGCUAGCCACACUCUCACAGGACAAGCUCGAGAGCAUCCUGGGGCACGCGGGGAACGCCAAGCAGCUUCAUGACUUCAUGCACACCACCUACGCAGAGGCCGUGGCUAAAGGCAAAGUGACAAAGUGAACAGAGCUGGCCGGGGCUCAUUUGGUGACUGGCUUUCCAUCUGCUCUUGGCCAGUGACACUGGAUCGUUUCUGAUUCUUUGCUUGGUUGACUUAUUCUUUGCCAGUGCUUUAAGGAUUGUGCUCUCUGUCUCUGAGGCCAUGGGACCAGAAGCCAGGACUCCUUAACAUUGCGUUUCGGUGUCUUGUUAACGUCCCCACGCCCAAUUUCUUCACUUCCUACACCCUCUGUGCCAGGUUUGCUGUAUUCCAUUUGAAUUGCGCUAUGUCAGGGCUCGCAGAGCUUCUGCUAGUGUUUCUAGCAGGCAAAAGCCUGUGUUUCCCACACAAACUGCUAGAACAUUCUAUCACGGUUGGGCCCACAGUCUCCUCAGGGCUUUCUGACCCAAGGAGGAACCCGGCUGCCACUCCUGGCCAGUUCUCUGCACCACAUAUUCCACCAGUAACUGGUGGAGCUUUCCUAUCACUAAUUUAAAACUAGCCAGCUAGUCUCCUGUUCACCCACACAUAUAUAGCACAUCCUGUGACUUGGUUGUUCACAACCAGGGUUUUUAAGACAUAAAAUGAAUUACUUGCUGACAAAAUUGGAUUGUGCAGAUGAAGGAGCCCUUAGAAUUCUGUUUUUACAGAUAUCCAACCUCUUAAAUCCCAAAGGUCUCUAAGCCCAAACAAGGAGUCACAGUCUCACAAGACUUCUCCCCAUCUCCUCACUAGCCUACGACCCCAGCACACGUGCUGGCACGUCCCGUGCAGAGGGCUGCUUCCCGCCCUGCGUGAGGACACAAAUGAAGAAAGGAGUGGCCCAUGACGCCUUUAACGUUUGCUUUUCUCUCCUUCAAGAUGAAAUAAAAGGAUUAUAGCUAAACGUAAAUUCAGCGCAUAGAAUAUAUAGUUUCAAAAGAAAUAUAUGUAAAAAUUGAUAAACUAAUCUCUCCUGAGCCACCUGAUGGACUCAGGUUGGCUCUUUACUGAAGUGAACUAGGAUAGUCAUUGCCAUCUCUGUGCAGUGUUUCACCUUUGAUAUUUAAACUCUAUGAAAUAGCCAUUCACAUAUGUAGCAAUAAGCAGUCAAUUUUCUACCUCAGAGCUGCCAUCAGCAUCCAUUCUGCUAGCCAUUCACCUAGUGUCAUAUUUUGUCCCUGUCAGCUAGUUUUUGGUUUCUUACGCUUAACUGAUAGAAAGUGAACCUUGUAACAAAAAUUGUCUUCAACUUUAACAAAAACAUUUUUAACUGGACCUCUUAUUUUGUCACUUUGAUUUAUUAGUACUUAGCAGCACAGCUGUCUCUUGGUUUCCUUGAAGACCAGUUCCAGGACCCCCCCACAGUACAGAACCUGCAAUGCUCACGUCCCCUAUGUAACAUGGCACAGUGUUUGCACAGAACCUGUGUGCAUCUUCUGUGUACUUAUGUCAUCACUAGGUGACUUAGAAUACCUAAUGCACUGUAAACGCUGUGUAAUUGUCAGACUGCACUGUGUAGGGAGUAAUGACCAGAAGAAAGUCUGUAUGUGCUCAGUACAGAUUCAAUUGAGUUUUCUUCCAAAUGUUCACCCGUGGUUGGUCAAACCCCUGGAAACAGAAACUUCAGCUAUGGAAGGCAGUUGGCUGUAUGGCCUUUAGAAAAGGACAAAAAUGAAUUGGAGGGCAUCAAGAACCCACAGAACAGUGUCUGGUUCCCACAGAACAGUGUCAGGUGAUGUGAAGAACAGGGGUAAGAACAAGAAGUGGAAAUCCGUUUACUGGAGAGUAAGGAUUUGUGCUACUAAUUUUGUCCCAGGGAUAAAAAUACACCUUCCAGAAAAGAGCACAAAGCUGUUGGAGGAUUAUAGCAUUAAUGCUGGUCUUCCACUUUUUGUACUUCCUGCUUUGUUCAAGAGCUCAGUCCUGGUUCAGAGGACUUUAAAUUAGGCUGCUUGGGAUGGUGAUGGUAUUUCUUCACCCUCGUCCCCUUCUGCUCACAGUAUAUAAUUUCUGUUUUCUUGUAUAAUUCCUCUUGCUUUUUAUCAUUGUUUAUAAAACAUAAAUUUUAACUUAGUACAUUCUAUGGUAGGAGUUUCAUUCCAAGUUAAGUUUUCAAAACUGAGCUCUUCUGAAAGCUCCCAUUUUAAACAGUCUGCUGCCUAGUACAACCUAGAUGCAGCAUUAAAUGUGUUGACUUCCAGGGUCUGUCAGCUCUCAAGGUCUGCCACUUGCUGCUGUGCCCACCGGACGCAGACACUGCCUCGGGAGUGUUUGAAUUAUGCCCGACAAUUCCUAAUGAACUGAAAUGGUCAGCACAGGCAGAGAACCCUCCAACU